UGGCGAACGAGAGCGCGACGGAAACACACGAUCUCGCGUGUCAUCGUGACUCUUCCUUUUCGUUGCGCUGCGUCGCACCGCUCGCACUCGAAGAGCAAUAAGCGUAUGCGGUCGCAACAUCAAUCAUGGAUAUCUUUUCAUAAGAAUUCGAUUUUACUUAUUGAUCAUGUAACACCUUUGAAGUUGUGAAAAGUGGAUAAUUUUGCAGUACUUGGUGAGUUCGAUCGUUUACUUCUUACGAAUUCACGCCGCGGGAAAGGAUUUAUGAUCGAGCCCUCCAGGGGCUCGAUCGUGUAUCAACAUAACUUACAGAGGUGAAGGAACUUACUGGGAGAUCUACAAUUUCAUCGAUCGACUCUCAGUGAAUCCGCUGACUGUCAUUUUCCACCACGCGCUGCGUGUCAAUCGACCGACCUCUGCGGGUGGCGGAGGAGAGCGAGAAGGACGGAGCGCGGAGAGAAAGUGCGGAAAGUGCAGCCGCGGGGAGCGCAGCGCCUCAAGUGGCCGACGCGCCGCUACGCGAUGUCGCUCGUGCAGCCACGUGACUCGCGUCGCAAAACAUGGCUCAAAGUCGCCAGGAAGAUGGCUGCCACGGGUUACGAAAGAGCGGACGGUUUCUCGCGGGUAAGCCGCUUCCCGACCGCUCAGAAAGCCGCCGCGUCGCCGUACGUCCUCUUGGUCGCCCUCGCUGGUGGCCGCCGACGCGAUGGUAUACGACAUUAAGUGGAUCAUACCGAAACUGCGGAACCCGACGAGGCUCUGGAACAUCGCGAGCAGCAUAACCUUCGCGGCGGUGGGCAUUUUCUCGAGGAUCAUCAUAGAAUGGCUGAACAAAACGACGGUUUACAACAAGCACAUUAUCGAGCGCGCCUUAGAUGUUCGGCCGAAAGACGUUCCGCUCAUUACCGUGUCGAAUCAUCACAGUUGCUUCGACGAUCCAGGCAUAUGGGCGACACUAGACCUCCGGCACGGGAUCAAUCGACGUAAGAUGCGAUGGUCACUCGCCGCACACGACAUUUGUUUCACAAAUGUCUGGCAUUCCUACUUUUUUAUGCUUGGCAAGUGUAUACCUGUCGUUAGAGGCGACGGUGUGUAUCAGGAAGCGGUGGACUUCUGCAUCGAAAAGUUGGCUCAUGGCGAGUGGGUACACGUCUUCCCUGAAGGAAAAGUGAACAUGCUCAAGGAAGACAUGAGGUUGAAAUGGGGCGUGGGUAGAUUAAUACUAGAAUCGCCCAUCACGCCUAUCGUUAUUCCUAUCUGCCAUCUCGGUAUGGAUCAAGUACUUCCCAACGAGCCGCCAUAUAUGUUAAAAACGGGGAAGAGAGUUACCAUGAAUUACGGCGAGCCCAUAGACUUCAGCGGAAUGCUGGCCGAGUUGCGGGCGUCAAAAGCGGACGAGGUGGAAGCGCGGAAAGCGAUAACCGAUCGCGUUCAAGAGGAACUUGUAAGAUUGAAAGCGGCGACGGAAAGACUUCACACCAAGUUAUGACGAAGAUGAUCCCUCUUACGUCAUCACUCCGUCUCUAGCCUUAAUUUGCCAAAUAUAUAAAGAGAAAUAAUAUCGAUCGCGCGAAAAGUGAGACUCGUACGAUCACGAUUCGUACGAUCCGUAUGAUGAAGUUAGUUUCCUUUUUUUUUUUUUUUUUUAAGAUAUUCGCACACGAGUAUUUUUAAAGUAUUGUGUAAACAUAUUUGUGACAAUAUUGGUUAACGAAAGCAUCUGUUGUAUAGGAGAAGUCGCUGAAAUAUUCUAUGAAGUUUUUUAUCGUCUCUAGUUACUUCUAAUAAGCUCACCGGAAGAUCACUUGAUGCGCGUAUAUGCACUCGUGCGUGUAUGUCUCGAAAAGUUACGCGUUUCCUUGUAUAUUGUACGCAUUUUUUGAAGGAGUUGAUGCUGUGUGAUCCUCUUUUGACGAAAAUCUCUACAUGCAAACGAGAUUUGAUAUUUUAACUUUUCAAGUAAAUUGAAAAAAAAGUGAUUUCGUUCAAUAGAUACAAUCUAACUGCCUCUUUUUCCCUCAAUAUAGCUCCUCGGCAAAGGAAGCUUGAUUCCAUUAAUUUAAUUUGGCUCCUGUCAAAUUAAAUUUACUCUGACUUAUCUCUCGCAGAGUCAUUUAGUUUUAGACAUUGCACGUUACUAUGCCAACGAUAGUAACCGAACUGAUAUCUUGUUAACAGAAAGUUAAUUCGCAACUUCGCCAAAAAAUCGCGAAGGAAAUACACACGAACACUCCAUACACGCGCUAUAUACAUGCUCAUUCCGGGAGUCACCCGUUUCUCAGACGAUACACCGCGCUUUGUAAAAUAAUUUAUAAAUAUACAUGUUACGGUGUGAAAGUGAUCAAUUGAUGAUUUCUUUUUAUAAAACUGACUAAUAUCGGCGCAAUAAGUGAGAUAUUCUGCUGAAACAUAAUCGACGCGCUGGUCACUUUCACCGUAACAUAUAAAUUAUAUAUGUACAUAUAAUACACAGAUAAUGAUCGUAGCUAACAUACGGAUUCUCUUUUGAUGAUUGUCAAUAAAACGUUUUAAUAGUGCAAGCGAAGAUUACGUAAUACAGCCGGAGUUUAAAGCGGAUAUAUCAAAGCCGUGCCAGUACCUCAUUAAUUACUCUAUUUUCAAAGUCAAUUUAAGGUCUCACUAUACAGUGCGGAUAUAGCACACUUGGCCAUUAAUUAUAUAUUCCGUGCUCUCGUUUACGCGAGCACCGUGCCAAUUAACAGAUUUGUACUAGUUUUACUAAAGAACGCAUAGCGAGCGAUCGUUAAGUUAAACUAAGGAAGCACUUAACGUACAGCGUGUCUCGUGUCUUACAAUUAGGGUGUUUGCACUGUUUCUAUAAUGAUAAAAUGCGUGAACUUAUACAUGAAGAAUCACAUAUUAACGAGUAUAAAGUAUAGAUGAAAAGAAAGUGUUUCGUUUAUAAUUGCUCGUGACAAAAACGACGGUCGUUGGCCAAUUACACGAUUCUCCUUUUCUUUUUUUUUUUUUUUUGAAUAUUUAUUGCAAUAUAUUUAGGUCGUAACAAUUGUCACGAGAUGACAAUCGCGUGUCCACAUGCGUUCCCGUGCGCGUACAUAUAUACGCAUGAUGUUAAUACACAUACUUUUAUACUGUAGAUAUAACGCACACGGACUGCUAUCAAAAUUUUGGGCUACGUGAAACGUGAUAAAUUUAUAUAUGUAUUAUAUACCUCUUGUUGGAUAUAUAUAUAUAUAUAUUAUUAAAUAUUAAAAUAGCGUCUCUUUCACGAAAUAAAAUUGUCUUGUUUGUUUGA